AUACACACGUCUUGAUGAUAGGCCACGGAUACGGUCUUUCGUAGUACCGGUAUGCAUGAGGUUACUACACGAAAAUUUAGAGAGAGAUAUCUCGAUUCGCAAGUUCUUUACAUCAGCGCGCCGCGACGAUCCACGACGUGACAGAAAGAAAAGUCGUGCGGAUUUAGCAUCAUCAUCAGCGCAGCGAGAAGUCGCAGUCCCACACUGCCAUUUUCCCCUUCAAUUAGGGAAUUAGACUACGAAUUAAGACGACCCAAGUAGCAGAUGGAAGGAAGACGCAACCAUGGAUUUCCUCUUGAACAGGACAUCCCGAACCACUCGCCUCAGCAUGUCCAUCGAAGCGGGUGAGAACCUCUGCCAUUCUCACUCAAUCAACAUACUUGGCCCGUCGGCCUCCCAGCCUCUCUCUGUCCAGACUGUGAGGGCGGACAGUGGCUCCGCUCCUUCGACGCUCUACAAUGCAGCCUUUGCCAGGAAGCUGGGAUGGUCCCACAUUGCGUGUGCUGCCCUCUGCAUCCUCUUGGGUAUCGUGACGCUCAUCUUGAGGUGCCAAGUGGCCUGGUUGGGUUCCCCGCUCUGGUCAGGAUUAGCGUUUUUCCUUGUUGCUGGGAUAUUCGGCAUUGCAGCAGGCCCAAAUGACACAUGCACUGUGGCCUCGUUCAUGGUGAUGUCAGUGAUGUCGGCCAUAGUGGCUUUUGUGAUGUUGAUCGCGAUGCUGGUCGCUGCUAGUACGGAGUACGCAUUCUGCAGACAUACCUGUAAUGCUGCCUACUGCACUACUGUUUGCAAUGGACAGGCUGGUAGGAUCUCGGUGGAUGUUCUUGUCGCGAUUGUCGGUCUGAUGGAGUGCAUCAUCUCCAUCAUGUCCAUCUCCGUAUCCUGUCGACGCACGCAGGCCUCCGUGUCCACACAAACCGUGGUACAACAUUUUUUCCCAUCAUCUGGUGGUCGGGUGACAAUUUACACUUCUGGACAGAAUGCGAGCCUAAUGACCAAUGAACAACAGCAGCAGCAGAAUCACGCUAACUUGCCAUUGCAUGUGUACGACCAGCCAUCGGUGUAUCCUGUGACCCUUCCCGGUAGCAUCAUGGCGUACCCCGAGGAUCAGAGCCUGCCUUUCCACGCCCAAGCUCAGCCCACCACCCACCCACCUCUGCAUACCAGCGUGGACACUCUUCCUUCGACUGCACCUGUUGUAGGGAUGUCUCAUCAAGCCCCGUAUUCCUCAGCUGGAGACAUUGUUUAUCCAAUUGGCCAUGGGGAAGUCCUCUCCCAAGAGGGAGUUGCCUUGCCACCGUACUCUGUGGUGCAGCAGGAUGACACCAACACCGAGAGGUCACCACCACCCCCAUUCACAUCUUACAUAUCACCAGACACCGAGCUUACACCAGAAUUAGGCACCAUGGUGUAUCCUUAUGGAACCUCUGUGUAUUCGUCCCUCCCACCACCUUACCAAGCCAGCAGGGAGUUUCAGAAUGUGUAAGGUGUUAAUGAGAGUGUACCAUCCAGGCAUGCUUAGACUCUACAUUCAAAACCCACAUAAACACUUGACACCAAGGUUACACCAUAUUGCAUCUUGUACCAACCAAAUGGUACCUCUAUGCAUCCAUCCCCACCACCACAAUAGCUAUUGAACCUGCAGGUGAUUUUGUAAUCCGGGAAUUUUACAUUCAAAACCUACACCACGGCACUUAAUUAACACCAAGGUUACACCAGAUUGCACCUUGUGGUAAAUGGAGCUUCUGUGCAUACAUUCCUAGAUAUUAAAAUGAAAGACGAUUCUGUGGUCCAUUUUGUUUAGAGAUUGAAGAUUACACAUGGAAUACUGAUAGCCUCAAGCCUCUUGCUAUAUGGACAAUAACCAAGAGACCCCAGGGGCCCGUUGCAGAAAGAGUUGCAAUCGAACACAACUCCAAAAAUCUUGCAUAAUUUGAUUUUUCAGUCAAUGGAGCACCCGUAUUCGGGACUUGCGCUUGAUAUUUUGACUUGUGUUUAAACGCAACUCUUUCUGCAACAGGCCCCAGAUAUGUAGCACAAAGUGUGAAUUUUCAAUUAAUUUUGUGCACUGAACUAGAAAAUCCUACUUCCUGUUUAGUGAUGUGGGACCCUACAACUUCCGAUCUACGCUUACCGUAGCUGAGGGCUAGGCUGGUCGCAUCUGUGCUUUCACCGUUUUCAGUCUCUUCUUACAUUUCGAGGAGGAAUCAUUGUAAAAUUUGCUACUGGGUCAUGUUAUCCCUCUCACUGUAUACUAAUUGUUACCUUCAAGGUAUCAGAAGUUACUGGGUCACACCAGUACACAGCAUGACCUACAUCCAGGAACUUUUGGUUAUUGUCGAUAGCAAAGAAUUCUAUCAUCAUAAAAAAAAGGGCCAACUCAGUUCAUAAUGGGGACUUUUUUUUAAUCACAGAAUCAAUGACAUAUUCUUUGAUACCUGAUCCAUGACAGAUACAGAAUCUCUCACUGGAUCAUAAUCCUUGGCAUGUUGUGUACAAAAUUAAGAGUUACAAGUGAUUGUAGAUUGAUUAUACCUUUAUGUGCUUCAGGGCACAGAUGUAAUAUACACUAUGCAGUCUAGCGUACAUGUAGGUGCUUGCAUUCCAAUUUAAUCAGCUUUAACAUCCAAAUCAAAAUUGUAUUUCGUAUAUAUAUUUGAGGAAAGAAUCUAAUACCCUUCUUUUCAAUUAAUGAUCAUUCCAAAAAUCUAUUUAGAAGUAUUCAUGCUAGAAAUACCAAAGGAAAUAUGACAGGUGUGGUUCUCAACAGUAUUCUCUCAAUGUAAUGGUAUUUAGAUAUAUUCUUUAAUCCAAAGGAUAAUUUGUAACAAAAUCAUGUCCAUUUACAUGGUUUAUGUGCAAUACAUAUUGAUUAAGGUUUCAGUGCAACAUUUGGUAAAAGAGAUAAAGAGUUUACAUGAAGUGUAAGAUUUUUAAUUGCAUUAUAAUGUUGUUCUUGUUGUUUUAUUCAAAAUUUUUUAAUUCUUUAUAAUUCAGUCUGAUUUAAUUAAAAUGUGGUUUAUGCUUUAGAUUGUUACACAGCAGUAUGCUAUUUGUUGAAUUACGUUGACAAGGUAUACUGGCUAAUUCAUGAAGAAGAUUUCAGAUAAAACAUUACUUUAACUGGAUAAUUUUUCAAUAAUUUUCCUGCAUAAAUGUUAUCAAACUUCUUUUAACACUAAAAAAAAAAACACCUGAGGAUCAUUUUAUAAAAGAACUUGCAGGGUGAUUUAUUUGACAAAGUCAGAUAAAAAAUAGCCAUCAAAAUCAAUCGGUUGUCAGAUCUACAACUUGUUGCAUGAAAAUUGUUGAUGAAAUGCCCCCCAGGGGGGAUUGUAAAUUUCAUGAACUUUUUUGUUGUUUUGCAUGUUGUCAGAUGUGACUAUUUAACUUCAUUUCAUUUGGCUCGGAGGCAUAUGUGUCUGACUGCUAUUACGUUAACUGUUGGAUAAAACAGACUUUAGUAUGCUCCUCAUCAUACAAGCACAGUUUCACAAGGCAGAUGGAACCAAUAAUGUAUUUACAGGGUAUAAUAGCAAUGUUGAUCGCUGUAGUAUGAUAUUGUGUGGUUUAUGUAACAAGGAAAUAAAACAGAUUAAUAUAC